AUGUGUUUACUUGGAGUCUACCUGGCAGCGUGGUUUAUAGCCCAUUGCUUCCCGGCAGCUACGGGAAUAUCUUCCGGGUGUCCCGUGUCCGAGCAGAUCGACCUCACCGAUGGCAUUGUGGAUCGCAAAGGUGUUAUUCGGUACGCGGGAAACAUCUAUCCGCCGGAGGAGUACCUAAUGGAGCCACCCACAAGUGCAGGGAGCAGUGGACGGUACUACAGCUGCGUUUGCAGCCGCCGGAAGUGUGUAUACGUGUGCUGUUACUUCGUCAAUCGCACCAACUGCGAGGGAUCAUCGCCGUUCCGACUGAAUCGAACCGUUGCUGGCAUCGCGCGCGUGAGCUGGGCGCUGGAAAAUCUGCAGGAGGUCGAGCUGCGGAACAGUACCGACUACUGGCUGAUCUAUGCCGAUCCACCUGCCUGGGCCAACCCACUCGGCCAUGUGCUCCGGAUCGAUGGCCAUGAGGGGGAGUUGAUUGCGGACGGUAGUUUUGCGUACGGUGAGAAGGUUUACGCCUCCAGGACGUACUGCAUCAAUCCGACCGACGACGACGAUUCGAUGGUCCACGUGUGGAUCAAGGAGACGGAAGAACAUCUGGAAAUGCACCACUGGCACUCGUUGGGUAUGAUCGUUUCGUUGCCAUUUCUGAUCGCCACGUUGAUCGUGUACGCACUGAUUCCGGAGCUAAGGAACAUCCCCGGGAAGUCGCUGAUGUGCUACGUGUUUUCACUAACUGCCAGCUACGUGACGAUGAUCCUGAUAAAGCGCAGCGUGGUGACGCUUUCGUCCGCGUGGUGCAGCGCGCUCGGCUACCUUUGCUACCUGUCGCUGAUGUCCAGCUUCUUCUGGCUCAAUCUGAUGGCGUUCGAUAUCUACUGGACGUUUGGGGGGCAUCGCCGAAGGACGACCGAUCCUGGUCUGUUUCGGCUGUACUGUGGCUAUGCGUACGGGUUUUCGGUGCUCUUUCUACUGAUCGCCCUGCUGGCGGACUAUACUGAUCUAAUGGACGUGAAGAUUAGACCUGGGUUCGGAGAUGGACAGUGUUUGUUCAAGAGUGAGUACGAAGUUGCAUAAAAUUGAGGGCGGAAGCGAACUGAUGUUUGGUUACUUUUAGGCGAGCAGCUCAUUUCCUUCGUGUAUCUGUACCUACCGUUGGUGGUUCUGGUCAGUGUCAAUAUGUUUUUCUUCAUCAGUACGGCGGUUAAGAUCGCCAUCAUCGAGCGUGCGACGGCUACGGCCCUUCAGGGCGAAUCUGGACGCCACGGAGCGUACGCGAACGAACGUAACCGCUUUGGCCUGUACGUAAGGCUUUUCGUGGUCAUGGGAAUUACCUGGACGUUCGAGUUCGUCACCUGGGUGAUCGGCGAGCGAAACUGGAUGGUGCACAUGGCGGACAUCUGCAACUGUGUCAGUGGUGUGUUCAUCUUUUUCCUGUUCGUAUGGAAACGCAAAGUGUGGCUACUGCUGCAGCAGAGGUUAAGUACCCAACCAUGUGUCGGCAAGAGCCAUCAUUACUAA